UUACGUACACGGAAAACCUUGUGUUUUCUGUCAUGUGAUGAUCGCACAUAAACAAGUGACGAACUUUUUAUAAAACUGGCUUGAAUUGAAGAGUGCAGCAGGGGCGUUACAUAGUCAAUCUAAUGAAUAUGGCAGAUAAUCUGAGGAGUUAUUUGUAUAAACAACUGCCAAGUGUUGAAGGACUCCAUGCAAUAGUGGUGACAGAUAGAGAUGGAGUCCCUGUAAUCAAAGUUGCCAAUGACAAUGCCCCUGACUAUGCACUGCGGCCAGCGUUCCUGUCCACCUUUGCCUUGGCAACUGACCAGGGCAGCAAGCUCGGCUUGUCCAAAAAUAAGAGCAUCAUUUGUUACUAUAACACAUACCAGAUUGUACAGUUCAACCGAUUACCCUUAGUGAUAAGUUUCAUCGCAAGUAGUAAUGCCAACACAGGUUUGAUCUUCAGUCUUGAGAAGGAGCUAGUCCCUCUGAUUGAAGAACUAAGACAGGUGGUGGAAGUAGCUUAGUUGCUAUUCAUCUCAGUACCUACAGGAAUCAGACAUUUGGACAAGAGAGUCAAGAUCGCCCAUCGAGUCUGAUGUCUUGAUGUUCUAGCUCAUACACACACACACACACAUAUGUACAUAAUAUAAUGUUGCCUGGUCUUGAUGCUGUAUGUCUUUUAUGAAUGUAACCUGCUCCUUUUUGUCUCCUCCUAAUUAAUAAAUUUGUCUAAAGCUUU